AUGAAAGCCAUCCAAGUGAAAGAAUACGUCAAGGGCCCACGAGAACUCAGUGUAACCUCCAUCCCCGACCCCACCCCCUCCCGCGAACAAUACCUCAUCGCCAUCCGCGCCAGCGCCACAAACUUCUUCGACCUGCUCCAAAUCCGCGGCAAAUACCAACACCAACCGCCGCUCCCCUGGGUCUCCGGCGCCGAAUUCUCUGGCAUCGUCCUCGCGACCCCAACCUCCGCCGCCCACCGACCCCCCAAGUUCAACGUCGGCGAUGCCGUCUUCGGCUCCGCCCAGGGCGGCUACGCGACCAAAGUCUGCGCGCUGGAGUCCCAGCUGCAGCCCGUGCCGAAGGGGUGGAGCUUUUUCGAUGCCGCGGGAUUGUUUGUGACGAUGCCGACGAGCUAUGCGAGUUUGGUGACGAGGGCGAAUAUCAAGAAGGGGGAUUGGGUGUUGAUCCAUGCGGCGGCGGGCGGGGUGGGACUCGCUGCUGUGCAGAUCGCGAAGGCGUUUGGGGCGACGGUGAUUGCUACCGCGGGGACGCAGCAUAAACUCGAUGUGGCAAAGAGCUUUGGCGCGGACUACGCGAUCAACUACAAAGACGACAAUUGGCCACAGCAGGUGCUCGAGCUGACGCCCAAGAAGAGGGGCGUGGAUAUCGUGUAUGAUUCUGUGGGGUUGAUCGAGAAGAGCACCAAGUGUAUCGCGUGGAAUGGACGGUUGUUGGUGGUGGGUUUUGCCGGGGGCACGAUCGAGAAGGUCGCGACGAACAGGAUCUUGUUGAAGAAUAUCUCGGUUGUGGGGUUGCACUGGGGGGCGUAUGCCAAGUUUGAGCAGGAGAAGAUUCCGGAGGUUUGGGGCGAGUUGCAUAAGUUGAUGGAGAAGAAGGCGAUUCGGGCGACGAACUAUACGGAUAAGGUAUACAAGGGAUUGGAGAGUGUUCCUGCGGCAUUGGAAGCAUUGGGGGCGAGGGACACUUGGGGCAAGGUAGUUGUUGAUUUGCCUGAGGAGAAGGAGAGCAAGUUGUAG